AAGUUGAUGUUAUUUGUUAAAUUGUUCUCAAAUAUGUUUUAUAUAUGAUUAAAUUCACUGGAUGCUAAUAAUUUUCACGUAUUUUGUUAAACCAGCAUAAAUCGACACAAACCGAUUGUAUCAUUGGUCGUACCAUUCCACUUUCGAAAAUCGAUUGACAACCUGAGCAUGGAUAAUUAAUUCAUCAUCCAUAUAAGUCCCCUACAAAAUCCCGCAAGGGCAAUUGCUCUCCUUCCACAUCAAACUUAAAACAGAGGAACAAAGGGCAGAUAGCUAGCUACACACUUCCUUCCUUAACGAUUUGGCAAGAGAGAAAUUAAAUGGGCAGCCCUAAAAAAAAUGUUUCCAUCGAUGCACCACCACAUGCAGUUUGCAUACCCUUCCCGGCACAAGGCCACAUCAACCCGAUGCUCAAGCUCGCCAAAAUCCUCCACUACAGAGGCUUCCACGUCACCUUCGUCAACACCGAGUUCAACCACCGCCGCCUCCUCCGCUCCCGUGGCUCCGCCGCCUUCGACGGCCUCGACCGCUUCCGCUUCGAGACCAUCCCCGACGGGCUCCCACCGUCCGACGCCGACGCCACCCAGGACAUGCGGGCCCUGUGCGAUUCCACGAGGAAGCACUGCCUGGCUUCGUUCAAACGGCUGCUUUCCGAGCUAAAUAAAGCAGCGUCGGCCGGUGAUGGUGGUGGCGGAGUGGCUCCUCCUCCGCCGCCGCCAGUUAGCUGUGUGGUUUCUGACGCCAUCAUGAGUUUUACGCUUGAUGCUUCUGAUGAGAUAGGGAUUCCUAAUGUGCUGUUAUGGACGGCGAGCGCGUGUGGGUUCGUGGGUUAUUUACAUUAUCGCCAGCUCCUCCAAAAGGGCAUUGCUCCCCUCAAAGAUGCAAGUUACUUGACAAAUGGGUACAUGGAAACUCAAGUUGACUGGAUCCCUGGCAUGGAAGGCAUCCCUUUGAAGUAUCUCCCAAGCUUUUUCGCCACAACGGAUCCAAAUGACCUUAUGUUCAAUUUUGCCCUAGAACAAAUCGAACGAUCUCGAAAUGCAUCGGCACUAAUUUUCAACACAUUUGAUAAACUAGAACAAGAAGUUCUUCGGUCUCUCUUCCCAACCUUCCCUCCAAUCUACACAAUCGGCCCUCUGCACCUCCUGAAAGUCCAAGAAACCGGCUUGGAAUCUCUUCAAUCGAACCUGUGGAAAGAGGAAACUGAUUGCCUCGAAUGGCUCAACCAGAAAGAACCCGAUUCGGUUGUCUACGUCAAUUUUGGGAGUAUCACUGUCAUUACACCUCAUCAAUUGGCUGAGUUUGCUUGGGGACUAGCGAGUAGCAACAAGAAUUUCUUGUGGGUCAUUAGGCCUGACCUUGUUAUGGGCAAUUCCGCGAUUCUUCCCCAAGAGUUUGUGGACGAGACCAAGGAAAGGGGACUGUUGGCGAGUUGGUGCCUUCAGGAGAAAGUGCUUAAACACCCAUCGGUUGGAGGGUUUUUGACACACUGUGGAUGGAACUCGACGCUCGAGAGCUUGACGAGUGGCGUGCCCAUGAUCUGCUGGCCUUUCUUUGCCGAACAACAGACUAAUUGUUGGUUUAGCUGUAACAAAUGGGGUGUUGGACUUGAGAUCAGUAGCGUUGUUACGAGGAGUGAGAUUGAGAGGCUUGUUGGGGAGUUGAUGGAUGGGGAGAAAGGGAAAGAGAUGAAGAAAAGAGCCUUGGAGUGGAAGAAAUUGACGGAGGAGGCAACUGAAGAUGAGAUUGGGGAGGCUUACCUGAACUUGGAAGACAUGAUCAAUAAGGUUUUAUUGAAUUACAAGGAGAAGACAAAUUGAAGAUUGUAGAGAUUCAUUCACAGGAUAAAUUUGGUACCGAAUAAGAUGUGGAACGAUUCCAUGAGCAAAUGUCAAUAUAUUAUUAUAAGCUUUAUUUGCGAACUAAAUAAAAAGUGCAUCGUUUUUUCAAGCUAUCAUGUAUGCUCCAUAUAAAUUGAUCAAUUUUUCUUCCAUUUGUUGCAUAAUUACGUGGAGAACUUAAUUUUCAUCAAGUUAGAUUGGCCCUCAAAUAGAAUUUUUGGUAUGUU